AUGAAAGAAGCUAAAUUUUGGCACAAAAAUACAUUAGCAAUUCCUCUUGCUCUAUACAUUCUUUCCGCAACCUUCAUGAUAAUCUCAGUCCUGCUUCCCAAUUGAUCAACCUUAGAGCUAGGCGCUGAAACUUACGAAAUGAGCCUAUGAAAAUGCAAAGGGUGCCCAAAGCUCCACAAGUCAUGAAGCUGAAAAUGUUUUUCUGACUAUAGGUGCAAUUCUAACAUAGAUGACGGAAAUUGUAUGACCUAUAGCGCUGGACAUGGAGCUGCCGUGACUUAUUUUUCAUUAGAAGCUUUAGCCUUCAUUUCCAGUCUUAUGCUGAUUGAAAAAUUAUCUAUAAGACUAGUUGAUAAAGACUUCGGAUCUUACAUUUUUGUUCAUUUAUUAGGAUUAUUUGCAGCUUCUGGACAAAUAAUUGCAGCAAUUGCAUGGUUUAGCUUAAAUAAAGCUGUAUUUCACUCAAGUGGAGAUUCCUCGUGAACCAACCCGAUUUUGGUGGCUAGAAAUGGACCUAAGUUUGCAAUUGCAAAUUCUAUCUUAUGCACGAUAGCAUAUUUUAGCUUAUUUGUAGUCAUAUGCAAACAAAAAAGGGGAAUAAUUAUAAAAAACUUGAUAAAUUUAGAUGCAAAGGUAUUGAAAGUCAAUUUCAGCUGGUGAAUGAAACUGGCUUCAACGUCUAAACAUUUAGCUUAAAUUUAAAAAAAUAUAUAUUUAACUGAAAAUUUAUUGAGAGUAAAUAUUAAAUAAUAUAAAAUUAACAUAAUAAAAUCGAAUAAAGCGAUUUUUCCCUGAAAAUGUAUUUUCUCCAAUGAAAAUUGUGGGCCUUUUCUUUUCUGCAGCUUUAGCAGCUAUUAUAUUUGGCUUAGGAUACGGAAAAUGGGUCCUCCGUAUUUCUUCUGAUAGCUCCUGGGAAGGAGGACUUACAUCAUGCAUAAAUUGUGAAGAGAACGGAACUAAUACCAACUAUGACUGCUUAUCAGCAGUUUAUUGCUAUGAUAAUAAACACUCGUCAACCUGUGCUUUAUACAAAGACUUGCAUCAUGCUGGCAUAUAUUAUGAAGUCUUAGAAGGGUCAGCGUUAAUAAGUUUCAUAUUAUUUUUCCAAACUUAUUUAUCAAUACUUAAUAAGAAAGAUUAUGGAAUUCCUGCAUUGAAUUAUGUAAUUUUUAUGCCGAAUUAAAUAGUUAAUAGCUUUUUAGAAAAAAUGGCAUUUUUUAAAGCAAAUUGACAUUAAAAAAGAAUAUUUAGCUGUACGCAAUUUUAGUCGUUUUACUAAACUUUGCUGCAUCGGUCUCAUGGUUUGAAAUCAGCAAUGCUCGAUUUACGACUAAGUGCCGAAGCCAAGCAGGACUUGACAAAAAGCCUAAAAUGUGCUCAACUUUUGGACCUUACACUUUGAUAGUCUCAAAUAUUUUCCUAGUUCCUAUGGGGAUUAUAUUUUGCAUUGCAUAUUGGAAAAGAGAGAUCCUUGGAAAAUAUACAGGAAAAAUUAGUGAUGACCAUGAAAUACCAAAAAUUGAUAUUUCUUUUAAUUCACAUCGAAACUCGAAUUCUGAAAAUGAGCCUUUAGAUUCAAUUCCCCAAGAAAGAGAUGAGGUAAAAAUAAGAAAUUCAAUUAGCUAA